UUUUUUGGCAAAUAUUUACCAGCACUACUCCUCAGUCGAUCUGGUUUUUCGAACUUUCCAGGCCAGAUGAGCGGAGCACACACGCAGCUGGAAUUUCACCAUAUCGAGACUGGCAUCAUGACAGAGCGCCGCUUCAUCUCUGUCAUGCCCUCCAACUUUAUUGGGCACCUACAGGGCCUUUCGUUUAACGGCAUGCCCUACCUGGACCAGUGCAAGAACGGCGACAUAUCAUACUGCGAGCUGAACGCCCGCUUCGGGAUGCAUCGCAUCGUGGCCAAGCCGGUGAGCUUCAGGACCAGAGGCAGCUACUUGGCUCUGUCUACCCUGCAGGCCUACACCUCCAUGCACCUGUUCUUCCAGUUCAAGACCACCAGCCCUGAUGGCCUGCUGCUGUUCAACUCCGGAGACGGCAGCGACUUCAUCGUGGUGGAGCUGGUCAAAGGGUGAGUGUGGAGAAAACCUGAUUUCUUCAGACAGUGUGUGGUGCUUAUAGUCCCAGUGGAGAUCUUUGAAACCCUUUUAGCUUGAAGUUUAAAGUAAUGCAAUCCUAUUGACUGUAAAUGCGGUAAAUGUAUAGAGUAGAAAAAACAAGUGAAAAGCCUUUCCAUAAGAGAAUGGAUAACAGAAAAAAAAUCUUUUUAAAUUUUGUGUGUCCUUAUGGACAUUUUUGU